GAAGAGGAUGAAGUCCCGAGCCCCCCCUCCGCCCCCGGCCCCCGAGCCCGCCCCCAGGAGAAUCUUCCGUAACGCCGUGCCAGACGGGGGAGGCUCAGCUCAGGGCAGUAUGGGCAGCAUGGUGAUGGACACCAAGGAGAACAUGAUGAGGACCAGCGUAGACCUCCACAUCACUCUGCCUCAAGGCUAUCAGACCAGCAGCACAGUGGACGGCAGGUGAGAGGCAACACACGCACACACACGUCACAUAUGCAUAUGCACACGUACACAUGACCCCUUUCGACCCUCAAUUCACAGACUGUUAUGUGUGUGUGUGUGUGUGUGUGUGUGUGUGUGUGUGUGUGCGCGUCGGUGCGUCAGUGCGUCUGUGAAUUUGUGUGUGCGUGUGUCCACUUGUUGUGAGAAGCUGACCUGCCAGCACCUCUCUGGCCUUAAUGAGUGUCUCUCUCUCUUUCUGCUGGAGCAGUGAGUGAAUCAGACCAGGCCAUCCAGGACUCCAACCCCUCAUGCAGAAAACAAGACAAGGGCCUCUGUUAAUACUGUUAAUGAGUGGCAUGUGAAGACAACGCGUCUCUCACGGUGGAGAGCUUCUAACAGUAUUUUUAGUGAACCAAUAUAGGACAGUGGUCCCAGAUCUGUCUGUGAAGUCUUGCCAACUGCUCUGGACAGCAAAAACAGAUCUGGGACAGAUUUGGGAUCAGGCUCGGACAGUGGUCGUCAUCUCUCUCACUUGAGUGAUGCUCUUUGCCAAGUAAUUUGGGUAACACUUCAUUUGGAUAGUCCAUCUUUAGACUAUCAGUAACAUUUCAACUAACUAUCUAUACUAAACAAAAAUAUAACCACAAAAUGUAAAGUGUUGGUUUCAUGAGCUGAAAUAAAAGAUCAGAGACAUUUUUAAUACGAAAAUAAAGUGUAUUUCUGUCAAAUUUGGUACACAAAUUUGUUUACAUCCCUGUUAGUGAGCAUUUCUCCUUUGCCAGGAUAAUCCAUCCACCUGACAGGUGUGGCAAAUGAAGAAGCUGAUGCUGGGGGAAAAUAAAAGGCCACUCUAAAAUGUGCAGUUUUGUCACACAACACAAUGCCACAGAUGUCUCAAGUUUUGAGGGACCAUGCAAUUGGCAUACUGACUGCAGGAAUGUCCAUCAGAGCUGUUGCCAGAGAAUGUUAAUGUUAUUUUCUCUACCAUAAGCCGCCUCCAUGUCGUUUUAGAGAAUUUGGCAGUACGUCCAACCGGCCUCACAACCGCAGACCACAUGUAACCACGCCAGUCCAGGACCUCCACAGAAUUUCUGCACAAAACUGUAAGAAACCGUAUCAGGGAAGCUCAUCUGCGUGCUCGUCGUCCUCACCAGGGUCUUGACCUGACUGCAGUUCGGCGUCGUAACCGACUUCACUGGGCAAAUGCUCACUUUCGAUGGCCACUGGCACGCUGGAGAAGUGUGCUCUUCACGGAUGAAUCCCGGUUUCAACUAUACCAGGCAGAUGGCAGACAGCGUGUAUGACGUCGUGUGGGCGAGCGGUUUUCAUAUGUCAACGUUGUGAACAGAGUGCCCCAUGGUGGCGGUGGGGUUAUGGUAUGGGCAGGCAUAAGCUACGGACAACGAACACAAUUGCAUUUUAUCGAUGGCAAUUUGAAUGCACAGAGAUACCGUGACGAGAUCCUGAGGCACAUUGUCAUGCCAUUCAUCCGCCGCCAUCACCUAAUUUUUCAGCAUGAUAAUGCACGGCCCCAUGUCGCAAGAAUCUGUACACAAUUCCUGGAAGCUGAAAAUGUCCCAGUUCUUUCAUGGCCUCACCAGACAUGUCACCCAUUGUUUGGGAUGCUCUGGAUCGAGGUGUAGGACAGCGUGUUCCAGUUCCCAUUAAAAUAUCCAGCAACUUCGCACAGCCAUUGAAGAGGAGUGGGACAACAUUCCACAGGUCACAAUCAACAGCCUGAUCAACUCUAUGCAAAGGAGAUGUGUCGCGCUGCAUGAGGCAAAUGGUGGUCACACCAGAUACUGACUGGUUUUCUGAUCCACAUCCAUUUCCUUAUAUGAACUGAAACUCAGUAAAAUCUUUGAAAUUGUUUCAUGUUGCAUUUAUAUUUUUGUUCAGUAUAGAUUCACACGUUACUGAGCACAAAUCACAUCUCUAGCCCUAACCUUAAACCUUAUCUUAACCCAGAACUUAACCCUUACCAUUACCCCUUAACCCUUAUUCUAAACCUGACCCUAACCGUAACCUUAGCAUACAGUUGCUUAUCAACAGGUAGUUUGUUGAUAGUAUGACCAUCUGUAGGGCAUCUACAGAUGAAAAAUCUGGACUAUCCAAAUUAAGUGUGACCGUAAUUUGAUUUAUAGGAAAUUAGUUUUGCAGUCUCAGUGCAUGAUAAAGCCCAAGGGAGUUUCAUCCAGGUGUCAUAAAUGUCUUGUAAUCACCUGAUUCAUGUGUGCAGGAAGCAGUCAGACAACACCCUCUCCAUUAUGGUGUGGAAGGGUUUGGCAGACAUUGUCACACUAUAAUAAAAAUGUACCUGCUGUUUUCAUUAUGAUAGGAAAGUGAUAGUGAAGUACAGAUCAAUGUGUUGUAUUUCCAAUGUCUUGUCAAAGCCUCAUUUGAUAGCUAGAUAUGUUAUUCUAAGAAGAAAGUUAACAUAUUGUUAUUUUCUAAUGAAACUCUUCCAUCCUACAGCUAAUGUAUAAUGCAUUAUGAUGCAGUUGUAAGACUUGUGAUGAGCAAACUUUCCUCUGGUCAUUACGUGUUGGUUGUUCAGACUAUUGAGCAGACCUUUAGCAGUUUUGUCAUAUAUACUGUCUUCUCCCAGCAGGCAGUAGAAAGCAUCCUUGGGUUACCCUUUGACACCUCGUCAGUUGAUGUUCUGUAUUACAUGACAUGGGACUUUAUAUGACACUCAAAAACAGAACAUUGUAUCAGGAUUUAUUAAGACAUUCUACCAUCUCAAAUGAAGGAUUUAGGGCACUGGCCAGCCAGGGUAGUAGACUGCAAUUUCUACUAGCCCAGGUGACAUUCUUCUAGCCAUGCGAUAUUUGAAAAUACAACAUUUCAGUUGCCUGACAGGCUAGUUUGGCACAUUUCUACUAGCUCUAUCUGCAAAGUACUAGCCUCAGGCUAGCUUCAUUUCCAUCCCUACAUACAUAUAAAUUAUUAUAAGUAGACCAGACAGGUAAUUUAUUGUCAAUUGACUAAGGCUAGAUUUCCUAUCUGCAAUCCAUUUAACUUUCUAACACUUCACUGUUCGGAUCAUUAAAUCAGCCUUUUAUGUACCAAUUUGCAGGCUUAUCUAAUGCUGUAAGCUGAGCGGCAUGAGUGUCUGCCUGUGCAUCACCCAGUGUAAUUAAAGGUAUUCCUAUUGGCGCUAAAGGAGGUAACCCUAUCUAUCAGUCAGGUCACGUCCCAAACAACACCCUAUUCCCUAUAUAGUGCAUUACUUUUGACCAGAGCCUAUAGUGGUCCUGUCAAAAGUAGUGGUCCCUGGUCAAAGAAGUGCGCUAUCUAGGGAAUAGGGUACCAUUUGGGACAUACCUAGGUCUACUCUGUCCCGCUCCGCUCUGCUCUGACGAGCCUGUGACUCUACCUCUACCUGGCUUCCUGUCUGUGACUCAGCCUGGCUUCCUGUGCUGCUUUCUCCUCUCUCUGUGCAGCAAGGCGCUCAUGGACCUGUUGGUGGAUCUGUGCAGCCAAUACCACCUGAACCCAGCCUAUCACACCCUGGAGUUGCUGUCCAGCAAGGGCCUUCCCCUAGCCUUCAAGCCCAACAGCCUGCUGGGGUCCCUGGACGUUGUUGCCAUCAGCAUCAGGGAGAAAGUGUUGCAGGAGAAGGUGGUGCGGAAACCUCUGCCUAAAGUGCCAGAGGUGAGUGCCGAGUGAUCCUGAUCUAGAGAUCUCAGUGUGUGUGUUUGUUUGAUACUGUCGUACUGAUUGAGGAUAUGUAGCUGCAUUGUGAUUGUGAAUAAGCAAUUAGCUGUGCUUAUUGUAACUUGAGGAUUAAUAGUUAUCCUCUGUUUAGUCUUCCAUGAAUGCACAUGUAUGUUGCACUUCAUGAAGUUAUUGUUCUGGUCUGGGCCUUUUGCUGUUGUUGUAGUGCACGGGACGGGUAUCGUUGAGUGUUUUUGAGAUAUGAUGAAUAAGACGUUUUUUUUGCAUGCAUUGAACCUAACCUUUGUCACCUGGGAAAUGUGAUAUAUGAUUCUCUAUGUAACCGUGCGAUCGCCCUUCUUUACCUUUUGACACUAAAUCGUUGCAGCAGGAAAGGCCACAAAAACCCAAAAGGGCUCAUGCUAAGGUAGGCAGCAGGUGUUGUAGAGCCAGUCUCUAAACCAGUGGGAUUAUUACCGGCUAUCGGUGGCUGAUUGAGUGUCUUCUCUCUCUGUCUCCAGUGUCUCCUGCUCUCCUCCUACCUACCUAGAUAUGAAUUUUUCAUGAGUGCCUUACCUUUAGUUACCAUGCAUUAUUUCUACUCUACUCUCAGGCCUGACUGGCCCUGGUGGCCCUGCUCCCCUAUCUCCCUUUGACCUCCCUUUGGCUGAUGGCCGUAGUCUGACACUGUUUCACUCUGAUUCACGAAGUUGUGGGUAACACUUUACUUAAAGUGAACCGGUAUAAUGCAUUAUGAUGUGGUUGUAAUGCAUUUUAUGACUUGUAAUAAGCAUGUACAAUACAGUAUAACCCCAUUUUGAAACGGAGUGGUGUAAAUUUAAGUAAGCAUACAUAAUAAUCUAUUGAUUUCGAUGUAUGGAUUUUUUUAUAUUCCACCAAGAUAUAUUUUAACAUUUGAUAAAUUGUUGCAUGAAAAUAUGCUUUGCUUAUUUUGUAUAAGUUGCCUCAGUAAGUAUUAGCAAAGAGCCACACACAAAAACAGUUGUGCUUGUGAUUGUUACACACCCUUGAUUGGUAAGUGGUUGACAUGAUGUUUUCAGAAGGGGAGUCUUGAAGCCUGUACAUUGUGUACUGAUGUGUGACCGUCAUGGCCUCCGUGAUAACAGUAGCAGAACAGAGUGGUACUGGUAUCUUUGUGGCUGUGUCCCAAAUGGCAUCCUACUUACAAUAUAGUGCCAAUACUUUUGACCAGAGCCCUAUGGGACCUUGUCAAAAGUAGUGCACUAUAUAGGGAAUAGUGUGCCAUUUGGGAUGCAGACUGUGCCAUUUGGGAUGCAGACUGUGUUCUUCAUAACAACCACUUCAAACCUCUUAGUGCUGCUGGCACUGUUGUUAUGGACCCUCUCUAUGGGUACACCAAACACCCUGGGACUGACCGGGCAUUGGCUGCCCACACACAGGCCCUCUCUGUCAGGCCUUGACUUGGCUCCGAGCCUCAGUUUCCUCAGUGUGCUAGUCUUGAAUGACCCCCAGUCUCACCCCCCCUCCUCCCCCAGGCCUGUCAACAAAUAUCUACGUUCUAAGGGAAAAGCUGAAAGUAAAGCAUAACCUCUUUUAAGUGAGGUGGAGUGAAGUUUUUAGUUAAUCAUGGUUUUUCCCACAAGUCUGACACCCACUUUCUUUUCUCUCUCUGUUUUGCUCUUUCUCUCUCGCUCUCUCUCUCUCUCUCUCUCAAUAUUUUCCACCCUAGUUUUUCCCAUUGGAUGUGUACUGCUGAGAUCUUUACUUUCAAGUCCCAUUUAAUUACUGAACUUAGACCUGGGUUCAAAUUGUAUGUUUAUUUAAAAUACUUUGAGCGUUUGAUUGAGUCUGCCUGAAGUGCCAGAUCAGCAUGAUUGCAAGCAAGCUCAAGGUCAAACAAAUACUAUUUGAACCUAGCAGGUUCUCUAAUACUGUAUCCAUCCAUUGGCACGAAAGUCACUCUGUCUUUCCUCCUCUCCCUGUAAAGAAAACGGUGCGUCUGGUGGUGAACUACCACAGGAGCCAGAAGGCGGUGGUGAGGGUGAGUCCCCUGGCGCCCCUGGAGAGUCUGGUCCCAGCCAUCUGUGAGAAGUGUGAGUUUGACCCGGCCCACGUCCUGCUGCUGAAGGACAAUGUCAGCAACCACGAGCUGGAGCUGGACAAGUCUCUGAGCGAGCUAGGCAUUAGAGAGCUCUACGUACUGGACCAGACUCUUGGUAAAUAAACCACCUUAUACCCCCAUCUCCCUCCACCUCUUCCUAUAGGAUGGUGACACAUUUCUUGCCAACUCCUAUGGUCAUCCUAUGGUCAGUGGUAUGACAAUGAUUAUAGGAGUUAACAAGACAGCACAAACAGAUCUGGGACCAGGCUACUCCACCUCCACCUCCUCACGUGAAACCUACAGUAUGUUAGCCUGGUCCCAGAUCAAAUCAAGUUUGGAAUGUUGAGGAGUUGACAUUGUAGCACAAACAGAUCUGAGACCAGGCUAACUGUACCGACCUAUCUCUGUUAACUGUUUCCUCUUAUUCUUCUCAACCUGUAUAUUUGAUUUGAGCUCCCUCCAUUGUUUUCCGUCACACUUUUACACCCUGAUUGUAACUAAAUUAUAAUCAGCACUCACACCACACGUGAGAUUGUUUUGAAUCAAAGUAAAAUGAAUGACUUUCUUACUGCAGCUAGCUACAUCUGUGCCUGUAAUGUUUACAUGGGGUGUAAUUCAGUCUGGGCUAGUUCAUUUUAUCAGGGUGUCGCUGCAGAAUAAAUAGAAAGUGAGCUUGUGUUUACAUAUUUGUUUAAAUGAGCUUUGAUAAGCACAUGCCUUCCAGGGUGUGUACUCUGCCCUCUAUGACUCUGCCCUUAGAGAGGCAAUAUAGACGGUUAGUCAUUAGAACACUAGCUACAAUCCUAGUGAGAUGUAGUGAUGCUUGAGUUAAACUAGAGGCAGUUGUCAAAUACCAUAGUCAGUGUUGUUGGUAGUUUCACUGUUUCCCCCUUUUCUGUAGGCAGGGGUGGGUGGGGGGUGGGGGAUUGGGUAGCCAAUGACAUGGGAAAUGCUGCAGUUUUGAUAAAGAAAGUAUCUAGUAUAGUUAAGGAUGGUCUGCAUUGCAACAAGGGCUCUUAAUGUUCCUGUGAUUGUUUCCAGUUCGUCAACCUAAAAUGGCUUCUGCACCUGCUCUGAAUUACUCAGGUAUUACUGUCUGUAUGCUACUUAGUGUUCCCGUCCACCAUACUGUAGUGACAACCUGAAGCUUAGCAGUCACUUGUACAGUCACAUUAACCCUGCUUUGCCAUUCAUUUUCCUCUUAUGGGACACGCUUGUUUGUUUUACAUAUCUUAGAUCAAAUAUAAGAUACAGUCAAUGUUAUUUCCCUUUCCUUCUGGCUUACAGUGUGGUAUGACUGUUUGUUAGAUUUAUUUUCAGAGGUUGAAGAAUAGAUGCACUGUCAUAUUGGAAAAGUUUAGUUGUAGUGCCAUCUACUGUUGAAACUUCCUGCUUGUAGAUAGAGGCUUGAGUGUGUGUGUGUGUGUGUGUUGUUUAGGGAGAAUACUUUUUGUUGUAUGCAUGGGUUAAACCUUUAAUAACUGACAUGACUUGCAUAAUGUAGUGUUGUAGUAUAGUUCUAGCUGUUAGCUGUGGUUUAUUUAAUCCCAUUGGUCAAUGAAUUAACUGCAUGAAUGAAAACCUAUAUUUUUAGCUCAGUGAGCCAACCCUUUCAUUUAGGAGUGAACUGAAACCUAUUGUCUGUCCAUUCAUUGUUAGAAUUCUUCCGUUCCCACACCUCAAGUGUCGGUGGGGUCGAGAAGAAAGGCCUGCUGGGAUUCUUUAAGUUCAACAGAAGGAAAUCA